CAGGCGGCGGUGCGCGCGCAGCGGUCGCGUCUGUCCGGGUGCGACCUCGGCCCUGCCCGCCCUUCGCUCCGCCUGUUCCUCGCCCGGCCCGCCCCGGAGUCACCGCGAUGGCGGCCCUCCUGCUGCGGCAAGGACGAGCCUGGUGUCUGAAGACUAUUCUCCUAGAAGGACGAAUGUUUCGAGGACUUGCUCCUGCAGUUUCUCUCUCCACAGAAUCAGGAAAGAGUGACAAGGAACAGCCACCAAAUCCUAAGAAGCCAAGUCCACCAAAAAAUGUAGUGGAACCAAACAAGAAGGGCAAGCUACUAACCACCCCAGCAGCUGCCGAAUUAUCUAAAAACUUACCUUCACCCAGUUCUUACUCGUCACUGGUGAAUCGCGGUGGGACGGUAGCUGGCCCUAACCCCAGUGACAACCUGCAGUUCACAGAUGCAGGGGUUCCAACGUUUUUGUCAAGAAAGACUUUGGUAGAGUUUCCUCAGAAAGUUCCACCUUCAUUCAGAAAGCAGGGUUCCGGUUCUGAAGCUCUUGAGAAGAGCAGGAGAGAGCCGGGCAGCUCGUCUUCGUCUUCGUCUUCGUCCAGCUCCUCAGAUUCAGAGUCCGACGAGGAGGCGCCUAGCUCCGAAGUUGAUUCUCAGGUGACGAGCAAAGGCAGAGGAAAGGUUCCAAAACCAGGGGCCUCCCGUGCCUUUGAAAACAAAGUGCCCCAAAUUUCGAUAUCAACAAAAGAGAAGACCUGGUCCCCACAGCCACAUCUGGACCUCAGCUCUCCAGAGAAGCCCCGUCAGACGAAGAAGAAGGUGACCCCCACCAAGCCAUUAGAGGACAAAAAAGAUGCUGAACCAAAACCCGUGGUACCCAAGUCACAAGUAGAUGAAGAGUUUCUGAUGCAAAAUGUAAAGGAAAAAAAGCUGCAGAAAACAGUUAGGUUAAAUAAAAUAGAGAAAGAAAGCCAAGAGCCAUUUGAAGUUAAGAAAAUCUCAUCUGACCCUACAAAGGCGGGAAUAUCUGCACAACUGAAUGGCAGCGCGGGGUCCCCUCGACUGACAGAAAAAACCGCCGCAGGAGGACAGCUGCAAGCGACUCCUCCUGAGACCAGGGAGAGACGUCCGGAAGAGCACAUCCCGGAGCCUGGUGGGGACGUGGCUUUUCCCCUGGUCCCAAAAGAGAGCUUGCGGAAGCAGGUAACAGAGGGGAUCUUGAAGGCUAAAGAAGAGAUUUUGGAAGAUCAGGUGCCAAUAAAGAAUGUCAAGCCGGUUCCUGUUCAGAAGAAAGACGUUUCGGAGGACAAGACGGCAGCACUAACGCUUGAGGCGAAGAGCGAAACCCCGGAGGACUCGGCAAGCGCGGGGGACGAGCGGGCCGGCGCCCAGGAGCCCGCGCAGGCCGCUGCGCCCGCCGCGCCCGCCGAGCCGUUCGACAACAGCUCCUACAAGAACCUGCAGCAUCAUGACUACACCCCUUACACCUUCACAGACCUAAACCUGGACCUCUCCAAGUUCAGGUUGCCUCAGCCCUCUUCCGGACGAGAGUCACCUCGCCACUGAGAGCUCGGCUUACAGGCGACCCUGACGUCUCCUGCCGCACCCUUGCCUGCGAAAAUAAAGUCCGCUGCAGCCUCCAGG